AGUUUUGAAGUCUUCAUUCUGUCAUAAGAAAUAAACAGCUGAACAAAUUUGGAAAACAAAUUCUGAGAGUUCUUAAAGCUUGCAGGGAAUACUGCUGCCCUCAAAACUGGAGAGAAAGCCCGAUACAGAAGCUUAAAUUCUUCCAGAGUAGAGGAGCCCCAUGGGAAUGAAUAGAAAAACUACAACUGGAAUUGACAAAUUUAUGGGAGCUCAGCCAACAGGUCUGGAAGUUGUGAACUCCACUGGCCCACUCUUAAGGGAGCAUACCCACAUUUUGAAAUGACAUCAGAUGUACCAUCAUUGGGUCCGGCCAUUGCCUCUGGAAACCCAGGACCUGGGAUUCAAGGUGGGGGAGCCAUUGUCCAGAGGGCUAUAAAACGUCGAGCAGGGCUGGAUUUUGAUGAUGAUGGAGAAGGGAACAGUAAAUUUUUGAGGUGUGAGGAUGAUCAGAUGUCUAAUGAUAAAGAGCGGUUUGCCAGGUCGGAUGAUGAGCAGAGCUCUGCGGAUAAAGAGAGACUUGCCAGGGAAAAUCACAGUGAAAUUGAACGGCGGCGGAGGAACAAGAUGACUGCUUACAUCACAGAACUGUCAGAUAUGGUACCCACCUGUAGUGCCCUGGCUCGAAAACCGGACAAGCUGACCAUCUUACGCAUGGCUGUCUCUCACAUGAAGUCCUUACGGGGAACGGGCAACACAUCCACUGAUGGCUCCUACAAGCCGUCUUUCCUCACUGAUCAGGAACUGAAACAUUUGAUUUUGGAGGCAGCAGAUGGCUUUCUGUUUAUUGUCUCAUGUGAGACAGGCCGGGUGGUGUACGUCUCAGAUUCGGUGACUCCUGUUUUGAACCAGCCGCAGUCGGAAUGGUUUGGCAGCACACUCUAUGACCAGGUGCACCCAGAUGAUGUGGACAAACUUCGGGAGCAGCUUUCUACUUCCGAAAACGCCUUGGCAGAACGCGCUCCAGAUUGCUCUUCACACCCUUCUUCAGGGCGCAUCCUGGAUCUAAAAACUGGAACAGUGAAAAAAGAAGGUCAGCAGUCUUCCAUGAGGAUGUGCAUGGGCUCAAGGAGAUCAUUUAUUUGUCGAAUGAGGUGUGGUAAUAGCUCUGUGGACCCAGUCUCCAUGAAUAGACUGAGCUUUGUGAGAAAUAGAUGCAGGAAUGGACUUGGCUCUGUGAAGGAUGGAGAACCUCAUUUUGUAGUGGUUCACUGUACGGGCUACAUCAAGGCCUGGCCUCCGGCAGGUGUUUCCCUCCCAGAUGAUGACCCAGAGGCUGGCCAGGGGAGCAAGUUUUGCCUGGUUGCCAUUGGCAGAUUGCAGGUAACUAGUUCUCCUAACUGUACAGACAUGAGUAAUGUUUGUCAGCCAACAGAGUUCAUCUCCCGCCACAACAUUGAGGGGAUAUUCACUUUUGUGGAUCACCGUUGCGUGGCCACUGUUGGCUACCAGCCACAGGAACUCUUGGGAAAGAAUAUUGUAGAAUUCUGUCAUCCUGAGGAUCAGCAGCUUCUAAGAGACAGCUUCCAACAGGUGGUGAAGUUAAAAGGCCAGGUGCUGUCUGUCAUGUUCCGGUUUCGGUCUAAGAAUCGAGAAUGGCUCUGGAUGAGAACCAGCUCCUUUACCUUCCAGAACCCUUACUCAGAUGAAAUUGAGUACAUCAUCUGUACCAAUACCAUUGUGAAGAACUCUAGCCAGGAAGCACGGCCUACCCUGUCUCACACCGUCCAGAGGUCUCAGCUGGGUCCCACAGCUAAUUUACCCCUGGAGAUGGGCUCAGGGCAGCUGGCACCCAGGCAGCAGCAACAGCAAACAGAACUGGACAUGGUACCAGGAAGAGAUGGACUGGCCAGCUACAAUCAUUCCCAGGUUUCUGUUCAGCCUGUGGCUUCUACAGGGCCAGAACAUGGCAAGACCCUUGAAAAGUCAGAUGUUCUCUUUGCCCAGGAUAGAGAUCCAAGAUUUUCAGAAAUCUAUUCUAGCAUCAAUGCGGAUCAGAGUAAAGGCAUCUCCUCCAGCACUGGCCCCGCCACCCAACAGCUGUUCUCCCAGGGCGGCUCAUUCCCUCCUAACCCCCGGCCGGCAGAGAAUUUCAGGAAUAGUGGUCUGGCCCCUCCUGUAACCAUUGUCCAGCCAUCAUCUUCGGCGGGACAGAUGUUGGCCCAGAUUUCCCGCCACUCCAACCCUUCCCAGGGAGCAGCCCCAGCCUGGACCCCGAGUACCCGCUCAGGCUUCUCUGCCCAGCAGGUUGCUACACAGGCGACAGCUAAGACGCGUUCUUCCCAGUUUGGUGUAGGCAACUUUCAGACCCCGUCCUCCUUCAGCUCCAUGUCUCUUCCUGGUGCACCCACCGCGUCCCCUGGUGCCGCUGCCUACCCUCCUCUCACAGGUCGUGGACCCAGCUUUGCUCCUGAGGCUGGACAGACUGCAGGACAAUUCCAGACACGGACAGCAGAGGGCGUGGGUGUCUGGCCACAGUGGCAGGGCCAGCAGCCUCAUCACCGGUCCGGUUCUAGUGAACAUGUUCAGCAGCCGUCUGCACAGCAACCUAGCCAGCCCGAGGUCUUCCAGGAGAUGCUAUCCAUGCUGGGAGACCAGAGCAACAGCUACAACAAUGAAGAAUUUCCUGAUCUAACUAUGUUUCCCUCCUUUUCAGAAUAGAACUAUUGGGGUGAGGAUAAGGGGUGGGGGAGAAAAAAUACUGUUUGUUUUUUAAAAACAAAUCUUUUGUAAACAGAAUAAAAGUUCCUCUCCCUUCCCUUCCCUCACCCCUCACAUGUACCCCUCUCUCCCUGCUGGACCUUCCUAGCUCCCACCCUUGCCUCACUGAGAUAACAUUUGUAGAUGAGAUGAAAUGAAUCCCCAAGGCCUUUAGCACUCUGAAAAUCGAGGCUAGGAGAGGUAGAAUGGCUCUCCUUACAUCUCCUGACCAGAAGUUGCACAGUGAUAAUUUGUGCCGGGGUGAAGGGACAGGUUAGAAGAACCUACACCUACUAUUUAUUUGCCUUGGAGACUAUGGCCAAUUUUGGAAAGAAAUUCUGAAUUGGGUGGAAAAGAAGGAGAAAUACCCUCACAGUUGAGCACCAUGAAACAUGGUAGGUAUUGUGGGGCUUUAGGAAGUGAGUACAGGUUCUUUCUGUUACCUGUGAGCAGUUCUUCUGGAAGGAAACAUGUGCGAGUGAGCAUCGGUGCAUCUGUGUGUGUGUCUGUGUCUGUGUGUCUGUGUAUUUGUGUUUCUUCCUCCCUACGAGGGAGUUAUGCAAAUCUGUCCCAGAUUUUAUCUUUGACUUUCUGUAUGCUCUUCAAAGAGUUCUAAGGCGUUAAAUCUUCCAAGUAUUCUCCACUUAGUAUUGCAGCCAAAGAGUAUUUCAAUAGAUAUCUUUGCUGCACUUCUAUCUGUGCCCAGCCAAAGUGCAACUGUAGGCAAAGUCUUGUUGAUAAUGGUUGGUCUCUUACCAAACAUAUUUAGUGAUAAAGCUGGAUCAGUCCCGCUUUUGGUGCUCACCGUACUUGGAAAGAUCGGCAAACAUUACCGAAAUAGGCUGGCAAGAUAAACACUUUUAGAAACCUUAGACUUGUCCAUAAGGUUAAUGCUGCAUAUUUCUGUCAGAAUCACACAUGAUGUGUGUUGUAUAGAGGUUAUUUCUGCAUGGAAACUCAACUUCUUGGAUUAACAGUCCCAGUGAAAAUCCUCACUGUUGAAGUGUAAAACAGAUACCAAGUCUCUUGCAAAAUAGCCUCUUUUAUUCCAUCCUUAAAAAUCUCUCAUCUAGCAAGAAGCAGAUUCCAGCCUCUUCUGGCCUGUAAGUCUUUCCUCUUUGCUCCCCCUCCAAUGUUGAGGUUGGAUUUUGCUUUAGAGCACAAGUAUAAUAAUUCUGUGUGCUAUGGGGUCCUGGACUCCCACCCUAACAGGGUCACUUGGUAAUUAUAGCCAUAUAAUUGUGGAUACAGGUUACUGCUCUCACCCUUUACCUUCCUCAGGUAAAUCACGUGUACCAGCCUUGUAAAAUUUUUUUAGGGCCUGGGAUGUAACUCAGUGGCACUGUACCUGCCUGGCAAGCACGAGGUCCUAAGUUUGAUCUCUGGUACCGCCCCCCAAAAACAAUUUUUUUUUAACUGGCUCCAGCUAGCAUGUAAGUGCAAGACUGAGUAGAUUGGAAGACAUGUUAAGUGUAUUUGUAGGAGACUUAGGAGCACAGACAACCUUGGAGAGGCUGAGGGAUGUUACUUACUGGUCUCUUCCUUCUGUCUCCAGUCUGGUGCCAGGUAAUGCAGUGGAAAGGAGACAAUUUAUUUUUUUAUGCUAUGUGCACACAUACAGUAUACAUAUAUAUUUAUAUCACAAUUUAUGAAACCAAAAAGUUGAGUUUCCAAUGGAAUCCUUGUUUUUUAAUAAUCAAUUGUUUUUAAAUGUGAUCAAGACUAUAAUAUUGUACAGUUAUAGGGUUUUGGGGGGGGGGGACCUGGGAGGGAGAAGAUGCUCUGGGGGUUUUGUUUCUGCUUUUCCUUCAGGGUUUUAUUUUUGAUUGUUUUUUGUUUUGUUUUGUUUUUUUGUUGGCCAUUUCUGUAUUGCUGGCAUCUGUGCUAAUACAGUGGCAAAAAUAAUGACAUGUAGCAAAGAUUUUAAAACAAAAUAUUUUUCCUUUUGUAAACGUUCUUGUGUUGUGUGAUCUCGAUUGCGACUUUAUUACUCCUUUUCGGCUCAUAAACAGCAGACAUUCACAACUAAAGGAAUCCAUAGAUUGAGCUCCAAACACACAGUGUGAGUCUUUCAUUUCAGGGAUCAGACAUCAUAGGGCCUUGAUCACUCAGCUCGCUUCCUCCUCACUCGUCCUCCUGACCCUGACGCAUUCUGAGUAAGAUUGGCCAGGAUGUUCUGACCACACUCUGUGGGGGUGGGGGUUGCCCAAGCCUUUGAGAGAGAUGGGGGAAGAGUUGGGGUUCCAAACCACUGGGCACAUCUGGAUACCUCUCUCCCUGUUAAGUCCUUUGGGUUAAAAAGAAUUAGGGCUUGGGAAUUUGUUUUUGUUUUGUUUUUUGAGACAGGGUCUCACAAGGUAGCUUAGUCUGGCCUUGAACUCA